UAGGGUUUUGUUCACUUCCAAGAACAGAAUUGUACACUUAUUGUUGUGACUUAUUAUUGUCGUACAACACRAAGUUCAAUUAAUUUAUUUGGUCAAAAAGGUGUAUUUACGUUGUAAAAGUAUCAUAACAGCAGCUAGACAUGGCAGAGCAGUGCAAAAGAAUCCAAAAUCGGAACGUUUUAGAAGAAAGAACGCUUCAAGCAAAGAUUCGUUUGUUUUCCAAAGAGCAAAGUUAUAUAGACAAAGAACUCCAACAAAUUCUUCAUGCAAAAAAAAGCUUAUUACGCAGCUUACGACAAGCUAACCUUUAUGGUUUGAAUCGAGAACAGAAGCCUCCAGAGACUUCACAAGGCAAAAAACUAUGUUAUAAAACUGAUAAUCAACUUAACAGUCUUGCAAGAGCAAAAAGUGCGAGCAGUCAAAACUCUAAAACGCACCAGAAGGAGAUAUCACACGAAGUAACUCAACAACCUGCGAGGGAAGAAGAAAAGAAAUCUAGAAAAACCGCAGUAGUUUUGCCGCCAGAAAAAGACAGGUUACCCGCCACACCAUCAAAAGACAGUCCAAUCGAACGAAAAUCGUGCAUUCGUAUGACGCAAAACGCUAAAAGAACAGACUCACACGUGCGGUUUUCCUUCCCAGAGAUUCAAAAUGAGAAAGUCGAUUGCCAUGCAACAACAACUGAUCAUGACAAUAAAAUCUUCAUAUCAAGAAACAGUAAAUAUAUGAAUAAAAGCCAUGCAGACUCUCUUGACGAGAUMCAAGUAAAAAGUAAGUUCUUUCAGAUUGGGUCGGUAGCCCUAGCGACAGCAAUAUUCAAUUCCAACCAAGGACGCGGAUGGAGUGCCAUUGUUCCCAMUACUAAAGAUGACCUCCUGUUAAAGGAGUCGUGUAUCAUUCCUGACGCUAACCAAGAGAGGUCAGAAAAAGACCGACACACAGCGAGGCCUUUGCGAAGRGUUAAAUCAAGUUCUACACUCGUUCGACAACCAAAACAAAAACUGUUGAUCAGAAGGCAAUCAGUACGAUGACUUGAAUUAGUUUUAAAUAUUGUGGUAAAAAUAUU